GCGGCAGAUGUUUGUAUCCAAAAUGGCCGUUGAAUAGAAAAAUUAGUGACCCGUGUCCUUUUUGAAGUGUUUUCUUUUUGUGAAUUUUUCUACAAAAAAUGACAAAAACUAAAGAAAAUCAGCUUACCGGCGUUUUAACGGACUUGCCUACCCUGAAGCGCAAAAGACAAUCUGAAGGAUAUUUGGGAUCCGUCGCGGAUAUUUCUACGGGUACAAAAACUUGUUUCACAAAUUCUGCCUUCAGUUCUACACCCAAGAAAAUUGUGGCUCGCAGGCGCACGGCUAAUGCGCUAAGGAACAAUUGUAUGCAAGACCCUUGCUUGGAAGUCAAAUCGAUUGCAGAUAUACUCAAACCGGAAGUUGAAAAUAAAGUAAAUUCUGAGGCAGCAACUGGGACACAGACACAAAAUCCUUACGAGGUUGUGCGUAAGCCACCAAAGAAGAAGAAACGUGAGUCAGAAAUCAUUGAAUCAUGUUUUGAAAAUCGAGCACUCAAUUUGGAGCUCCCGGAGAAACAAUUCAAUCCGUAUGAGGUUCUACGGGAGCUACCUGGAAAGCCAGCAAAUGUGAUACAAUCAAAUUGCUUUGUAAACGCCGCAUUAAAUCUACGAUCACAAGAUGCAUCUUCUACGCGUAACCCUUUUGAGAUCCAACGUUGUACCAAUGUUCAGCCCAUUACUGCUGUUGUUGGUGUCGAAAAUCGCGGUCUAGAUGACGGCCCAGCGGUGCCCACUGACUUAAAAAUAGUUUUACCAUUUAAGCCUACUUUGGGCUGCCGCAUCGACUUUUCAAACAUACCCAUUGAACAAUUAACUCCUACCAAACUGCUAGCAGAUAAGCUUGUAUUUUCUCCGGUUCUAGCGGUACCGAAGCGUUCACUGGAUUCGGCAAGCGAAGAGAGUAGCAUGGAUAUUGGAAAAGAAUUGGAUCGUUACCAGCUUGAGUUGGAAAAUAGUAUCAACGAGGCAAAAAUGCGCAAAACCAAUGGUACAUGCAUGGAUUCCCAAACGAGCGAAUUAACUUUACAAGUAGAUGUGGAACAAAAAAUAACGUUUACACAAAGAUUGGCAGAGAUAGUUGAAGAAGAUGAAGAGAAGGAAAAUGAGAGUUUCAAAGACGAGAUUAUAAAAACUACUACAACCGAGGAGUUUACAAUUCAGUCACAUGAUACAGAAAUAUCUGGAAAAGCACAAAUCGAACAUGUUAAUGAUGAAUUAAAAACUGAAGAUGUUGCCUAUGCGUCUGAUUCUGAUGAUGAAGAGAUAGAUUUCAGAGUCCCUGCACCGUUUGUGCGCGCCUACCAUCGCAUUAAUCCACAACAUGCAACUGGCAGCAAAGAGUCGCUACAUUCCACUGGCUCAAGUAACUCGGCGACAGACCAUAAAAAAUCAUUAAAUGUACGAAACAUAAUACGUAAGUCUCUAAGAAAACUAAUGCAUCCAAACAAGCAUGAUGACAUAGCAGAGAAAAAAUCGGUUGAAAAGCAGCAGCACCUUUUGCAAAAUGAAGAAGUAGAAACAAAAGAAAAGCAACCACACAUUGGUGCAUAUAAAUUUAUUCGUAAUAGCUUGCGACGCAAAGCGGUGCCCAAAACGACGAUUUGCACAGAAAAGGCGGCUGCGGUCAAAGCUGAAAUAUCCAUUAUUGAUACCAGUGAACGUAGUAUGAAACUCAAGGCGGAAUUGUUGCCGAAGGCAGAGGGAGACCGGAAACACUCAUUGCGGAGCAGUUUAAGACGAUCGACGCGCGAAAUAGGACAACAUUUUAUGAAGACUGUGUUUCAUAAAAACCAAGAAGCCUACGAGUUCACUAAAUGAUUUAGUAUAUAAUUUACUAAAUGAUGUUUGCUGCUAUAUGUCACUGUUUUGCACCCAAAGAUAAUACUUAACCGUUUACUAAGUAAGUUUUUCUAAAUAUACAAUUUUUUAGAUUUGUUUUAAGCCACCAAACUAGCACUAUGAAAUUUCGGCAAACUGUGUUAAAUAUUGUAUUUCGUUUUUAAUAAAGAAUCGAUUUUGUAUACAUACUUUAUUUGAAUAUACAAGCAGUAUACAUAUCGCACGUUUAACAAGAAAGAGAGUU